AUGAAAUGGUUUUGGAACACUGGUCAUGCCCAGCCUCCCCAAGGGCCCCAGAAGUGGGUUCCCAUUCUGGGAGAGCUGCAGAAGACCCUUCAGAAGGGGGAGUACCUGCCCCUCCAUCCGCUGCCCAUGUUCGAGAGUAACUUUGUCCAGGUGACCAACCUCAGGAGUCCUGCAUUUGUGCAUCACAGAACCAACAGGCUGACAAUGGGUGUCGCUGCUUCCUUGCCUGGUCUGGUGCUGCCUGACAUUCUUCUGAUAGCUCAGCCCCCUGAUGGCUGGGCCUCCUCCAAUCUCAUCCUCACCAGGAUGAUCCCACUAGAUCUUGUCCACCUCUAUAUCCAUGACCUGUGCCACCGUCGUCUGAAGUUGCGCCUGGUCACUGGGCGCUACUAUUACCUGGAGCUGGAUGCCCCGGAACAGGAGACAAGCUUCUUGUUCAACUGCUGGAUCCACCUCAUCAACCUGCUCCACCAGCCUAGCUUCUCCUGGGCACCCAGGACCAUGUCCAUGACCCCCCUGGGGGCACCCCUGGGCAUAGCGCCUGCCUCCACCUGGCACCUCCAGGACCAGAAUCAGUGCAGACUUGCAGUUGAUGUUGCUGAGCACACCUUUCCUUAUAAAAGGCGUACUUCUCCAAAGCAAAAGAAGGUCAAGGUAAGGCAGCCAAGGGCACGGGGUACCCUCAAGCACAAGUUCAAGUCUCAGGCUGUGGGUGACUCUCUGCCUCUCAUCUGGUCACAACGGGAGCCUCCUGUCCUUGAGAAAGCCACAGAAAAGAAGUCCCACUUAGAUGCCUACCCCAAAAGAUCCAACACUUUAAUCCAUGUUUCUGAGAAAGCCAGCAUCACCAUCCGCACCAUCUUCAGCAACAUUUCCAACAUGGCGAACCAGGCACACUCUAGUUCAAAGGCCAGCUAUGCUCUAGGGGUUGGGACUUGGACCCCAGGGUCUAAGGGCUGGGGCCUGGACCCCUGGGUCGACAGAUCUGAUUUGGUGGAGACCACAGGCCAAGGAGGUUUGAUUGAGACCCCUACAUGGUGUAUCUCUGAUGGGAGCCAUGAUUUUCCCCUCAUGAGCUCCUUCAGUCAGACAGACCCCUUCCUGUGGCGGAAAGAGUUUGAAGAUCUCCUAGACACCACACCCACCACUCUGUCGUCCUCCUUGCACACGUCUCCUUACUCUUCUACCUUCUACCUCUUUCCACCCACUCCCUCCUUCCCCAAAUCCAGUGGCAAGGUCAGGCCCAAGGACUCAAUCAAAUAUCAGAGACUAUGCCCCUCCCAGAAAACCACACCUGCGCUCCCUGUCACAUCAGAGAAAACACCGUUUAUCUUGGACCAGUCUCAAAGGAUAUCAGCUGUACCUACUCCAGCCCAGAAGGCCCCAGCCACCCCUGCUCUAUCUUGGAGGGUCCCAGCCACACUUUGAUCAACCCAGAAGGCCUCAGCCAUACCCAGCCUCGCUCAUAAGCCUCUAGCUAUAUCAGGUGUGCCCCAGAAGACCCCAGUCACCCCUGAAUCUUCCUGGAAGGCUGCAGUUCGACUUGCUCCAUGCCAAAAGACUCUAUCCCCAAUUCAGAAGCUUCCACCUGUGCCUGCUGUUCCCCAGAAAGCCAUGUCCCUAAGGAAGGACUUUCUGGUCCCAAGUACCCCAUUCCAGAAGGCUCCAACCUCAACUGCCCAGUGUCAGGAAGCACUCAGCUCACCCACCUUGCAGGCAAAGGCAACAGAUCUGAGCCUGCCACCGGCUGGGAGGGUGCUUGAGAAAAGAAAGUCUGAAAGGAAACAGGAACCUGUGCUGUUGAUGGGAGGCCAGAAGACAAAAAUGAUAGACAUGAGGACGCAGGCUGUAACUCUGCAGUUGCCUUUCACCACCACUAAGAAGGAAUCCAAGGAGAUCCUGAUUGGCAGAACCCAGGAGGUCACCUGGGAGGCCUUGAAGGGCAGGGAGAAGCAUGAAAACCGGGCCUACAAGAUGAAGGAGGAGAUAAUGGUGGACAUGCCUGGUAUGAAAUCCAAGGAGAUAGGGAAGCAGAAGAAAUGGAUCGUGACCAAGGACCUGGCUGUCGAGGGUCCCCAUAUGGAGGACAAAAGUCCCUUCUCUGUGGAGGGGCUCACCCCAGCCAAGAUGAUGAUCAUGGCUAACUCCCCAAACCAGCAACUGAAACCAGCUGCCAUCUCACUGCCCUCCUGGUUCUCUAUGACUUCCAAGACAUCCUCCAUGUCUAUGUUGAGCAAAGUGCCUUAUAACCCCAACCAGAUGCCCUUGCUGGAGGGGACACCUAUGGUAGUCAGGGAGCCACCAGAGACCCGCACUUUGGUGAAGGAAAAGAGCAUACAGCCACAGGUAGAGAGCAAGCCAUCUAGGGACUCACUGGUGCCUGCCAAUGUGUCCCCCAGAUCCUCAUCUGAGACUCACAGUUCAAAGACAAAGACAUUUGCUAUCAGCCAGGCUCCCAUCCCCCUACCUGCCACACGUUGGGAGGAUUUGUCACAGCAGCCUACAACCCUCUCAACAACCCCCAUUUCCAAUACAGGGGUCUCAGCCAACGAGUCCCCAAAACCGGGGAAGAAACCUCAAGGGUCUAAAAAGGCACCCAAACAGCAGCAUCCUCUGACCAUGUCAGAGGGACCAUCAGAAAUUCCCCAGUCCGUGAUCUUGGAAAUAGAGGAGAAGAGGAACAGGAUCACUAAAGCUGAGAUGCCCAUGAAUCAAUCUGGAUCCCAUCACCUUUCACCCAGAGAAUUGCAUCCCAAGGAUUCAAAAUAG